CGAGGUCACGAUCACAAAACGAGCUGCCAGAAGUCCUUCCUCCCCCAAUCCCCGCGCCAUGCAACGCUGCGUCAUACUUAGGAUCGCCCGCCGCGGCCGAUAUCCUCCAAACAGGGGAUCCAUCCGAAGCCAAUGCUUCCCGCGUGCAAGCCUUGUCCUUGCGUUUUACUUGCGCAUGCUUGUGAAUAUGUUAGAGCAGAAGCCAAAGUCACAACCUCGGCCGCCCAGACACGCAGGCCCCCAGUUUCAUGAGAGCGCUCUGCUGCGACUCCCCGCCUUGUGACAAGCUUGGGUAGGUACCAUAUCUUACAACUCUACCCCACUAGCAGAUGUACCAAGACCUUUAGCUAGUAGAGAUCGAAAGAAGGGGAAAGACCAGAGAGAGAGAGGGCUGGAAAAAGGUAGGAAUAUAAUAAGAACCGAGUCCCUCUGUCUUUGUUGGGCCUUUUCCUGUCUCACAUCCCAUUCCAUCUUUUCCAUCUUACACCACCCUACGUACACCCUCACACACUUGUGCUUCUCCCAUUAAAGAACGCAAGCUUGCCUUGAACUACUCCAAAUCUCCCCCAUCACUUACACACCACAACAUACACAUACAUACCGUUUAAAAUGGCCGCUCCCGCCUCCAAGACCAUUGGUGACCUCAAUGGAAAGUGGGUUAUGAACAAAACCCUUUCCACCCCCAUCGAGCCCGGCCUCGCCCUCCAAGGCGUCGGCUGGAUGACCCGCAAGAUGGUCGGCCUCGCAACCGUGACCCUCGAAAUCAAGCAGUUCUCCGCCCCUGCCUCCCCCCCGGCCGAGCCCUCGGCCACCCAGUUCACCCACGUCGAGAUCGAGCAGACCGGCACCGGUGGCAUGAAGGGCUCGACCGAGAAGCGCUGCCUCGACUACACCUUCCGCGACCACUCCGACUGGCUCUUCGGCCACGUCAAGGGCCAGUCCAAGUGGAUCUCCACCGCCGAGAUCACCGACGACUUCCUCAAGUCUGGCUGGAUCGAGACCGACGCCGAAAAGGGCGGUCCCAACGGCGAGACUCACCUCCUCAGCUAUGUCGAGAGCUACGAUGCUGGGUGGACCGCCACUCAGAUCUGGGGUUUCAAGGAGUGCAGCGAUGGCAAGAGGAGGUAUGCGAGAAAUGUGGUGAUUGCCAAGGGGAGCGAGAGGGUUGAGUUGCAGCUUUACUAUGACUACCUUGAGUAAAUCAAGGGUGUCAGAAAGUAAAAUAAGAGAAGAAGGGUGGUAGUUCGGCUUUGAGUACCAGGUAGUCUUGCACGCGAGUUUUGUACUGCAGGAGUUUUGUAUCGCUAGUUUUUGUUUGCUACAAGUUGGAAAGCCCAAAGAUCAUCAUCCUAAGUUAAAGCUA